AGGAAGGUGAGCUCUGCUCGCGUUAAAGAGCUGGAGCAGCUUCCUGGUGGGUUCUGAACGCUGAAGCAGAGCCUCCACUGACAGAAGGGUCUGCCUGGAGCCCACAGGGCUUGUUGGGAUGCCUUUAGUUUCCCUUAAAGCUCGGAGUGUGGUUGGAAAAAGUCGGUUUAUGGGGUUGUGAUUAUGACAAUUCAAACACACGAGUGUGUGCCUCACGAGCGCUCACUGCUGCUGCGGAUCUGGACCCAGGCUGCUCCUACACACACUGCUCCACAACAGAGGAACAUGGAGGCCGUAGAUUCUCUUCAUCACCAGCAGAAGGCCUAGAACCAGCCAGAUUCCCACUCCCCACCCUGCAGAUCACCUGGCUCCACCAUGACCAGCAGGAGUCCCAUCGAUACCCAGAAGGCCAGAGAUUUGUCUGCUGUGGGCUCCAAGCUUGGACCAGAGCUCUUCUGCAAGCUGUGCCUCAGCCAGCAGCCAGCUGCAGCCACCAGGGAGCUGCAGAGCUGCCAGUGCACGUUCUGCACCGCGUGUUUGCAGCAGUAUGUCCAACUAGCCAUAAUGGAAGGUGGAGGGGCACCCAUCACCUGUCCAGACAUGGCAUGCCCAAAAAGUGGAGUACUCCUCGACUCUGAGAUCUCCAGUUUGGCAGCAGCAGAUCAGGGGGAGCUGUACCAGCGGCUGAAGUUUGAGAGAGGAGUGAAGCUUGACCCCAGCAAAGCUUGGUGCCCGGUGCUUGAAUGCCAGGCAGUGUGCAGCGUCCAGCCGAGCAUUGAAGUGCAUCCUGCGGCCGUGGCCUGCCCGACCUGCCAGGCCGUGUUCUGCUCCGGCUGCAGAGGCCUCUGGCAGGACGACCACACCUGCCCGGAGCAGCAGCUCUUUGUGUCGUCCUCACUGUCUAAAGAAAGCAGUCCUUUGGACAUGUCCAUCAAGCAGUGUCCCAUGUGUGGGAUCUACAUCGAGAGGAACCAGGGCUGCGCUCAGAUGCUGUGUAAGAGCUGCAAGCACACCUUCUGCUGGUACUGUCUGCAGAAUCUGGACGGUGACAUCUUCCUGAGACAUUAUGAUAAGGGACCGUGCAAAAACAAGCUGGGACACUCCAGGGCCUCCGUUAUGUGGAACAGAACGCAGGUGGUGGGCAUCCUGGUGGGGGUCAGCAUCAUCGUGCUGGUAACGUCUCCACUCCUGCUGCUGGCCUCGCCUUGCAUCCUGUGCUGCAUGUGCAAGCCCUGCAGCAGCAAGAAGAAGAAAAAGAAGAAGAAGCAGCAAAGGAAGAAAGACGUCAGUCAACCAGACCGCUCCACAUCGUAGCAGCUCCCGCUCCCCAUCUGCCAAUAAGGAUGGCUCCAUUUGCUAAACGAAGGCCAAUAAAAGUGAAAGUGCCGAAAGAACUUGUGGAACAAAGAAGUUUAUUAACCGACUGGAAACUUGAAGUAGGUCACUUGGAUAAACAAGUACAGACCGUCCUCUUAAACCUCAGCAGGAGAUCCGAAAAUCCCUAAUUUUAAGGGUAAAUUGAAGAACAAACGGACGUAAUUUGCCUUGCAGCAUUUAUCUUCAGAUGCAUAAUGGAGCAGUGAAUUUUCCUGCACAGGACUGUUUUUCUUUACAUGCACACUCACUUUCAGGUCAACGCCACCCUUGCGUGCCAAACGUCAUGAUGCCAAACCAGAGGUGCAAGUGCUCAAGUGCCUCUCUGUACAGCGCCAGGUGCUUGGCUCAUCUUCCUUUAGCUUUCAUUCUGUCUAGAUUUUAUGCAACCUCAAGAAAAUACACACAAGCCUGAAAAACCUUAAAUAAAGCAAAACCUUCUUUGCCAACAGGGCGUUGUGUUUGCACUUUAUAAUCCGUAUUUAUAUGGAACGUGAUAGGGCUGCAGUG